AUGGCUCCGCUUGGAUGGGCUGCUGGCAUAUCUGCCAUUUUGUUUGGUCUUGCCUCUUCGGUUUCAUCUCAGGCUGGGGUUGAUGUUAGCUGUGCCGAUAACGUCAGCAAUGGGACUGUCUAUGAAUCGCCGAAGGGGGUGGAGUUCUUGGUGCUGUGCGGGGUGGACUAUGGGGGAGGGGACAUGAGCGCUGCGCAGACGGGGACGUUUGCAGGAUGCAUGGAUCUUUGUGCUGAGACGUCUGGCUGUGUGGAUGUUUCUUUUGUGGGGGGGUCGUGUUAUUUGAAGAGGGCAUUGGGUCCGUUGAAUACUGCGGGACAUGUCUGGACUGGGAGGAGGAUUACAGGGCCGAGCACCACGACGGGAGCACCUCCUGCUGUGACGGGGAGUUUGGUUCCGAGUUCUGACCCGCCGAGUUGCGUGGAGGGGAGAAGUGAUGCGACGGCGUAUUUGGCGGAGUCGGGGGCGGUUUAUGAGAUUAUUUGCGGGAGGGAGUAUUAUGGUGGUGAUCUUCAGAUGGUGUAUACGAAGACCUUUCAGGGGUGUAUCGAGGCUUGUGAGGAGUUGGUAGGGUGUGUGGAUGUUUCGUAUGUUGGGGAGGCGUGUUAUAGAAAAGGGCAGGUUACGGUGUUGGUUGAGGCUGGGCAUGUGUGGACGGCGAGGAAGAUAUUGGAGGCACCUGUUCAACCUAGUGUCAGUGAGAGUGCUAGUGUGAGGACGACAACCGCGCCUAAUGCUGGACCUACGGUGGUGCCACUGACCUGUGCUGGUGGCCAUGCUUCUACACCCACGCACACGACGUCAGAGGGGAGGACUUACGAGAUACUUUGCGGUGUUGAUUAUGGUGGAGGAGAUAUUGGAGCAUCGUCCCAGGCGACGUUCAGCGGUUGUCUUGCUGCCUGUGAUACCGCCAGCGGUUGUUUAGGGGUUGCUUAUUCCAAUGGCCAGUGCUACCUGAAGGGUACACUGAACAAUCCUGCGGCAGUUGCGCAUGUGUGGGGUGCUCGUCUUCAUGGUCUCAGCAUCGAGCCUUCUAGUUCCUCUGCACCAGUGGAGUCGACCGACAUACCUGUCAGUACGGCAUCAGGCAGCCCAGAAACAUCAGCAACAAGCACACAGACGGAAAACGAUCCUCCGUCAGCAACCUCGACACAAUCACCAACAAUAACCUCAAGCCUGGACGAAUCGUCAACGGCUGACACGAGCACAGCUGGUGCCAGCACGACGGGCUCGUUCUCGCAAGAUGCAGUAUCAACUUCUAGCCAGCGUGACGAAGCGAGUGCUAGUUCUAGUAUCACGGCUCCCGCAAGCCCUGAGCCGACAGACCUUGUCGAGUCAUCGGCAACGGCUACACUGCCGCCCUCUCUCACCUCCAUGACUACCAGCUCUUUGACUACGACAGCCUCUGCUUCUUGGCCGCCUUCCCCUGAAUGGACCUCCGACUAUACCUACUACGAGGCCACUCUGCCCGCCUACAACUAUACCAGCCAGGUCGCUCCACCUGCCACUGUUCUGCCCACCUCGUCCAGCUGCAUGCUCGAUCCAGUCCAGACGCCUGGGGCCCUAUUCCACCUUCUCGAUCCCCUUGGAGCGCACAUCAUUAACCGCGACGGCCGUCCUGGCACCCCCCAAGCACCCGAAACGCAAGAAGAAGCCCUUGCCAUCCUGGUGACAAUCGACGAAUGGCAGCCCCCUCUGUUCAGGUUCGGAAGACAAGUCGGGUCCUUCCAUGUCCUGGAACUCGUGGAAGGUACCGAUACCUACGAGGUUGCCUUCUCGCUGUCCAGCGAAAUCAUCUUUCAGUCGUCGCCUAGUACCAACCCUCUGCUGUUCACCGUCGACUGUCGUGGCAGACUUCUGGAAACAAGCGCGGGCAUUCCUCGUUACUGGCACACUACCGAUGAUGGAAUCCGCACCACAUUGGCUAUCGAAGGCUCGGAAAACGCAGAGUUACACGGCAUCGUCGCUAUACGGCCAGAUCUUCGCUCCCCACGGCCAGUUGAAACCUCGGGUAUCAGCUUGCGUCGAAGUCUACAAAGUCGAGAGUUUGCACUUCUUCCCCGGUGCCCAUAUGGCCCAGAUGCCAUUCCAGUGCCGAAACCUGGCCGCCGCCCCGAAUCUCCCAACGGCUGUGGAGCAGCAGAUGCCGCGGUCGACCUGGUCCCUGACUUCAACUGGGGCGAAUGCUGCAACGACCACGAUGACUGUUUCGACAACUGCGACAAGAGCUUCUGGCAGUGCAACACCGAGUUCCGGACCUGCAUGCGGAACCAGUGCUGGAAGGAUGCCACUGUUCGGUGGCAUGAUGUUUGGAAGUUCCCGGCUUGUGCUGACCUGGCUGGGUUUUACUUCACUGCUGUCAGCUCGCCCAUCGGGUGGAUGGCGUUCAACUCUGCGAAUUCCGAUCGCUGCGAAUGUGCUUGUGACAAGCCGACGCAUUCUCUCUGCCCUGUCGAGGCUGGUGGGCCUAGCGGUGGGCAAGAGACGUACUUGGCCUGUCAGAAUGUCAACCUGAACGACCCUGAGAUGUGUGGAGGAUGCGAUUUCAAGUGUCCGGAGCAUACCAAGUGUAUCGGAACACCCAACAAGUGCCAGUGCGAGCAAGACCAAUGUGGGAACUUGUGCCUUGACCUCAAGUCUCACCCCAAGAACUGUGGGACAUGCGGCAACGUCUGCCAGUCGGGCUACUGCUACGAUGGAAGAUGCUACGAGCCUGAGCCGACCAGCUCGCUGCCACCAGUGCCUAUCACUUCGGCUACCCCAACCCCCACUGGUUGUUCAGUAGGCCAGGCGAUCCGAUCCGAAUGGCUCACCCUCCCAGAAAUAUACCAGCCCGACAUGCCCGAGUACACCCUCACCCGCCUCGGUCCUCAACCGGGUCUGCCAGGUGAUUUCUCGGUCCACGUCGUUUCCAACACGCAAAACGACUUCCACCUCCGAACCCGCGCCAUUUUGUGUCCUAGCGUCCAGUACGAGAUCAAGUUCAGCAUCCGGAACGAGGCGAUCGCGCCAGAGGGGUACGUGUACCCGAAUGGGAUUCCAGGGGUGUGGAUCGGGAACUACAACGUGCCGUUCCUUGACACGCCCAAGAUCCCGCCGCUGGGGGAGUGGAUUGAGUACAAGCAGACGUUUGCUUACAGUGUUGGGUUCGGGGGGUCGCAGCCAGUGGAAGGGGGGUUGAUGUCGUUGCAUUUUGAUUUUUAUGUGCUGCUGACGAGUGCGGGGGCCGAGUACACUAUGGGGGGGUUUAGUAUUUUGGCCACGGGGAGGCGUUAG